CAUGUUUCACAUAAAGUCGGAGAUAUUAAAAUAUGUGGAUCCAACAGGAACCUAAUGUCAAUGAUAUUGCUUGUUUUAAAGAUAACCCAUGCAGAAUUACUGUGCAGCACGACGCAAUAAUUUACAUCCCCAUCGCUUCCCACGGGGUUACGUCGGUCUGAAUGACGUAGUUUGAGAGAAGAUUGCGCCAUUUUGAAAGUGGAUGGACGGAAGGAAUCGGGAGUGGAGUGUAGUGAGAGGGGAGUGAGCGUGAGGGAGGCGAGCAGGGAACCAGCCCCGGUCGCUUUUUUGCAUCGCUGUCCACCUCCGUUCCUUGCGGUAAUCACACUUAUCGUAGCCGGGCGAAAAUUGGAAAGAUCCAGGCCCUAGACCGCGACAGAGACUCUCACUCACCAUGGCAGGAGUGGGCGGGGCUGGCGGCGACGUGCAGUGGUGCUUCUCGCAGGUGAAGGGGGCCAUUGAUGACGAUGUGGCCGAAGCUGACAUCAUCUCUACUGUGGAGUUCAGCCGUUCGGGGGAGCUGCUAGCCACAGGGGAUAAGGGCGGCAGAGUCGUCAUCUUCCAGCAGGUCCCAGAGAGUAAGAGUCAGCCUCAGUGCCGGAGCGAGUACAACGUCUACAGCACCUUCCAGAGCCACGAGCCCGAGUUUGACUACCUGAAGAGCUUGGAGAUCGAGGAGAAAAUCAACAAGAUCCGAUGGCUGCCCCAGAAGAACGCCGCACAUUUCCUGUUGUCCACAAACGAUAAGACUAUAAAGUUGUGGAAGAUCAGUGAACGAGACAAGAGGCCUGAGGGGUACAACCUUAAAGAGGAGGACGGGCGCUACAGGGACCCCUCGACCGUCACGACGCUAAGGGUGCCUGUGUUCAGACCCAUGGAUCUGAUGGUGGAGGCCAGCCCCAGGCGCGUGUUCGCCAACGCACACACCUACCACAUCAACUCCAUCUCCGUCAACAGCGACCACGAGACCUACCUGUCCACCGACGACCUGCGUGUCAACCUCUGGCACCUGGAGAUCACCGACCGCAGCUUCAACAUCGUGGACAUUAAGCCUGUCAACAUGGAGGAGCUGACGGAGGUGAUCACGGCGGCGGAGUUCCACCCAAACCACUGCAACACCUUCGUCUACAGCAGCAGCAAGGGCUCCAUCCGGCUGUGCGACAUGCGGGCCUCCGCACUCUGCGACAAGCACUCCAAACUGUUGGAGGAGCCGGAGGACCCCAGCAGCCGCUCCUUCUUCUCGGAGAUCAUCUCGUCCAUCUCAGACGUGAAGUUCAGCCACAGCGGCCGGCACCUGAUGACGCGCGACUACCUGUCCAUCAAGAUCUGGGACCUCAACAUGGAGAACAGGCCCGUGGAGACCUACCAGGUUCACGAGUACCUGAGGAGCAAGCUGUGCUCCCUGUAUGAGAACGACUGCAUCUUCGACAAGUUUGAGUGCUGCUGGAAUGGGAACGACAGCGUGGUCCUGACCGGCUCCUACAACAACUUCUUCCGGAUGUUUGAGCGGGGCCAGCGGCGGGACGUGACCCUGGAGGCGUCCCGCGAGGGCAGCCGGCCGCGCUCGCUGCUCAGGCCGCGCAAGGUGUGCGCUGGCGGAAAGCGCCGGAAGGACGAGAUCAGCGUGGACAGCCUGGACUUCAGCAAGAAGAUCCUGCACACCGCCUGGCACCCCAGCGACAACAUCAUCGCCGUGGCCACCACCAACAACCUCUACAUAUUCCAGGACAAGCCCAACUAGAGCCUGGAGAGCACCGAUCUGCGUCCUACACCCGCCCCCCUCUUUACCCCGCCCCCUCAUGACUCCUCCCCCGGGUCUCAGCCCCUCCCUCUGUAGAGCGGAGGGAGACGGGCGCGCUCCCUGGGUCUCAGCCCCUCCCUCUGAAGAGCGGAGGGAGACGGGUGCGCUCCCUGGUUCGUCCGCCAGACCGCCUGCGCAGCACCUUUUCGAGAAGUGAAACGCAACGCGGCAAGAGUCGCUCAGAAGCAUCCCACUUCCUCUGAGUGGGGCCAUCCUGACCUUUUUUUAAAAAAAAACGAGUUUGUAUGUACACAUUUUGUUUUGCGGUCAAAUUCAGUCAUCAAAACGUUUUUAUUUUGCCUCCACGAUGGCACAGCCUUGGCCGGAGGCAUUAUGUUUUUGGGCUGUCCGUCCCUCCGUCUGUCCGUCCAUCCGGCCGUCUGUCCCAUCUGUCCAUCCCAUUCUCGUGAACGUGAUAUCUCAGGAACACCUUGAGGGAAUUUCUUCAAAUUUGGCACAAACGUCCACAUGGAAUCAAGGAUGAACUGAUUAGAUUUUGGUGGUCAAAGGUCAAAGAUCAAGGUCACUGUGACCUCACAAAAGACGUUUUUGCCUUGCCGGAGGCAUACAACCGCGAGGCGGUAUUACUAGUUUGUUUUUUUUUUCCCUCCCCCGUUUUCUUUCCUCCUUACUGUCCAGUAAGUAACUCCACCCCCCUUCACAAAAACCCAAAGGCUUCCUUCUGAAGUUCUGGGCCAUCCCACACACUCCUUUUUUUAGACUUUUUGUAAACCGUGUAGGAAAAAUGUGGGAUUUUGCUGCCAAGUUUGUUCACUCCUGCGCAAAAAGAAAGAGAGAGACCCUGACCUCAGUUGGUGGGUUGAUCUGUAUUUGUGAAGGCGUGGUCUAGGUGGAACGAACAGGUGAGGACUCACAGGUGAGGCGGACAGAAGCUUCCUACCUGCGGCUCCUGGACAGAUGGACACUGGACGCCACUGGGUCGGUUUUAACGAUGGUGAGUGUAGCGCGUACCCUUUACCGCCCCCAACUUCCUCUAAACGUCCUGUACAUGAACGCCAAGCCGUCCAUGCACCCCUCCCCUCCCCUGCCCUGCCCCUGCUGCCCUCGGAGCACUGGAGUGGAGGAUCCCACACGUGUGUGACGUGUCACUCCCCCGCCCGGGACACGCCCCAAUUCCCCCCCACCCUGGAGAGAUCGGCCGGCUGCUCGUCUGUGUUGGGCUGAAGUCAUUCUGCCCUUUCUUUUGAACUUUGUCCAGGGUUAUAGAGAAUAAUGUCCACCAGGAAAAAGGGUCUAAGAUGUUUAUCGUAUUUAUAAAUUGUAAAAAUUUCUCUCCUUGGAAUGGUUUCUUAUUUUUGUUUUUAAAGAAAGUUUUCUUUCUUUCUCUCUCUUAACCUCAGAAUGACAUGUACGUGUUAGGGAAUUAAUGUGCAGAGUUUAUUUUUGUAUAAUGGUGGAACAGGAGCAAGACACUGUAAUUACCCAUAGCCCUGUUCUACUGGAACAACAGUGAGAGACUAAUUACCCACAGCACUGUUCUCCUGGAACAGGAGCGAGAGACUAAUUACCCACAGCACUGUUCUCCUGGAACAGGAGCGAGAGACUUAUUACCCACAGCACUGUUCUCCUGGAACAGGAGCGAGAGACUAAUUACCCACAGCACUGUUCUCCUGGAACAGGAGCGAGAGACAAAUUACCCACAGCACUGUUCUCCUGGAACAGGAGCGAGAGACAAAUUACCCACAGCACUGUUCUCCUGGAACAGGAGCGAGAGACAAAUUACCCACAGCACUGUUCUCCUGGAACAGGAGCGAGAGACUUAUUACCCACAGCACUGUUCUCCUGGAACAGGAGCGAGAGACAAAUUACCCACAGCACUGUUCUCCUGGAACAGGAGCCGAGACUGUAAUUACCAGUUACCAUUAUUGUGGGUUAAUCAUAAUACAAUCCACUGAAAUUAGAGCCGAUAGAUUAGAGCCGGUUAGAGCAGAUUGUCCUAUGCAGUUACAUUACGAAACCAGACAAAAUGAAAGAAAGCUAAAUAAGCUAUGCUUCACCAUCGCAUAGUUAAACCUAAAGACCUAAAGGGCAGCCCUGCUCUAGCUGUUGAAUGAUUCUACUAAUUAGCAGCUCCACAAGCUGUCUAGCUGUUGAAUGAGGGGUGCUUUAUUAGGGUUGGAAUGAAAACCUACAGGACGCUAGAUCUCCAGGAACAGGAUUGGGCAGCCCUGCUCUAGCUGUUGAAUGAGGGGUGCUUUGUUAGGGUUGGAGUGAAAACCUGUAGGACAGUAGAUCUCCAGGAACACGUUUGGACAGCCCUGCUCUAGCUGUGAAUGAGGGGUGCUUUAUUAGGGUUGGAAUGAAAACCUACAGGACGCUAGAUCUCCAGGAACAGGGUUGGGCAGUCCUGAUAUAAGGCAUUCGUGUGAUAUGCGUGUGGCAUUAAUGCAGUUAAUUAUUGCGGUUUGUAAAGGUGGCAGUGUCGCUCUGUUGUUGGAAAGGGUUAAAGGUUGCAUGUGUGAGCUGCUCCAUUUUAACGUGCUGGAUGUAGGAUUCGGCCAGAUGCCCGUCUAAAAGCCCUCUGUGAGCACGUCAUUACCACGUCCUCUGAAGUAUUCAUUUCCACACCUGUCACCUGAGCCCUUUGGAACAGCCAGAUAAAAAUCUGUGAGCUGGGGAGUGUGUGAGGCAGCACACGUAAGACUGGCCUCAGCUGUGCCAAGCUUCUGACUGGAACUCUGUGCAAAAGAGCACCAUAGCAGUGUGAGGUAAUGUUCUAAAAUUAGGACAAAUCCAGUCUUCAUCUUUUUGCAGGAACAUGUUUAAGAUUGUUCCUCACACAGACAGCCACAUACAACCUUUAUUAUGCUAGAGUGGUGUAAACUGUCUUUGAGUCUGGAGAUAAAGGGAAAAAAGAAGGAAUUAUAAUGUUUGUAGAGGCAUGGAAAAGCCCAGUUCGGGAGCAGACGAGAGAGAGACCAGGGCUCACUGCUGUGUUCCUGUGGCAUGACCACACUUCCUGCUCUUGACCAUCCUCUUCACGUUCCUAACAUUGAAAGUUCUCUCUGCUGUUGAAGCUGAAGUUAUGCUUUGUGUCUUGAGAAUGUUCCCUAGGGGUGUGACCAAUGAGAGUAUGGGUGCACUUGUUUACCGACACGCCCCACCCCUGGCCACGGGACGGGAGGAGAACGGGAAGGGCAUGGCAUCGCUGCCGCAUCAGAGGGCCCAGUUUAAAUCGAGUGAAAAUUCCGCCUAAUUGGUGCACCCUAUAUUUGGCAGGACACACCUCCUCAUGAAUAUUCAUGAACUUAAAUGCUACAGAGGAUGGAUGCUGUGAACAUCUGACCAUCCAGUUUCAAGAAAAUUGGGGCACUUCUUUGCUGGUUGGGAGCUGAGCAGCCAUAGGCUGCAAAGCUCUGUUGUAUUUUCCCAUCCAUUUGUACUGGCUUUAAUCUGCAGGAAACGUUUUCUCUCUCAGCCAGCCUUGCAGGCUGAGCUCUGAUUCUGAGGAAACUGAAGAGCGGAGGUCUGGACCCUCGCACCCUCCUGACAGACAGAAAGGACGGACACAGACACCCAUAAGGACGCAGGCGUGGUGAGUGCUAGACUCCUGCCACUGCCGUUCGGUACACUGCUGCGGCCCAGGGCCACUCCUGGUGCGUUCGGACGGACGGCGACUGGAGUAUUAACAGGGACAGUCCUGGAGUGACUGACUGCUUCUGUCCAGGCCAUCCUCCCCCCCCCCCCCCAAAAAGGGGUCCCAACAGGACUCCUGGUAGAAUGCACUUUGUUUCUUUUUUGUGAUGGGGGGGGGUUAAGCUGACUGUAACCUGCCUACCUUUGGUUUGCAGAAACAGAAAAUCUGAUUCAGUGAGGAUCAACAAAAAAACAAUUACUAUGCUGAACUACUGAAUAAUAAUAAAACAUUUUAUAAAGUAA